AUGGUGUCGCUAGAAGUAGGAUAUAGCGACGACACCGAGGUGCUUGAAGUGCGUCUGAGACAGCUGCGCAACACGUCGGACUACUUCCAUGACCAUCUGCAUGGGACCUCAGAGCACUUCGUCGUUCCCAAUAGUUCGCCUCGCCUCUUUCGCAUCUACAUCGAUUUUAUGAAGACUAGUCACCUUCACCAUCCCGACUCAGAUGAGACCACAGAUCGGCGGUUUUCCUUCGGCACCCUCAUCGACAUCUUCGAAUUUGCAAAAGAUUACGAGAUCGAUACGCUGCGAAAUGCGGCUCUAGAUGAGUUCUUCCUCCGCAUUAUCGACAAUCCCGAUCGCCUCCCGUAUAAAUACAUCCAUGACAUAUAUAAAGCCACUAGCUCAAACUCUUCGCUGCGAAGUCUUAUUGUCGACGUCAUUGUAAAUAUUGGGACGAAGCAGGAAACGAAAAACUGGAAGGACGACCUGCCGAAAGAAUUCAUGAUGGACUGCUUAAUUGCCGCAAACGAGGAUGAAAUUGUGCCUUUCUCGGGAGAUCGGUCUGAGGACGACGUACUUGACUGGCUCGAAGACAUGAAAAGAAAGCUGUGCGAUUUGUUCCAUGUCCACGAUUUCGAGCCGGAGUCUGAUAGGACGACUAAUCAGGGGCGGCCGUCUUCUCGAAUGAGACCUUUCACGAAGACUAGCCGCUCGCAGAGGGGAAAGAGGGCGAGAAGGAGAAAGGAGACGGAAGUAUCUGAUGAGCGAUCAGAUGAAGAGGGGGGAAUAGAUCCUGAACGGCAGAAGUGGGCGGAGGAGGAGGCGGCUGAGAGGAUGAAGUAUCUAAUGGAGCCGAUGUCUGCCAGAGUGAGGUAUUAG